GUGUGGUUCAGCAUCUAGAGGACUCAUGGACCAAGGUUUGUGGAUUAACAUGGCUUCACAAAGGCCUGUGAUGGAGGCUAACAGAGUUAGAAAUCCUACAGCAGCUUGCAGUGGGCCACCAAAUGACCCUACUCUGGUAGUUACACCUGCUCCACGCCCUCGUCAGUCACACAGUCUGCUGGAUGGUGAGAAGACUGCAGCAGUCUUGCUGUUCUCAGGACUGUUCCUAGCCCUUCUGGGUGUCACUUUCACCACUAUGGGCUGGCAUCAAUACCAAGCUGACUUCGACUUUGAGUGGACCCAACUGCUGGGUCCCAUCCUGAUCUCUGUUGGAGGCACUUUUAUGCUUACAAGUGUCUGUAAGUUUGGGAUCGCCUCCUGCUGGCCCUGCAGACAGUGGGAUGAAGAAGCACUUGUCAUGCCUGUGAUGGAGCAAAACUCAACGCAACAUUCUUUUACACUGAGUGGCAUAAAUCAGCCAAUCAUGUUACACGAUGCCACAACAAUGCUGUGUAUUCCACCUCAGUAUAACUUUACAACCCAGGAGGCACACCAAGCUGUUGGGUUACAGCCUGGGGGGUCUGUGAAUGGCGUCCUUGCAGCCUGUCCUCCAUAUGACGCUGUGUGCUGUGUGGACAAUGCAGCUUUUACAGCAGAAGAACACAGCUCAGCUCACCAAACAGACACAGACUGCAGAAGAAGCAGGACUGAGAAGACAGAAGAAGAAAGAGGACGUGCUGACGCCGCCUCUUCACCUCCACCUGCAUACGAAGACAUCUACCCUUCUUUUAACAAACACGAUGUGACAUAAACGCCUCCUGAAUCUUGUUAGGAAUUUUCAUGUCUCCUUUGCAAGUGAUUUGAUAAAAUGUCCCGCAGAACAAAACGUCCCCUGUGUUUCAUUCCAC